AGGGGAUCGGGCUUGUGGUCCUGGAGAGCGGCGCCCGGUGCUGGCUGAUUGGGGCUCCCGUAGCUGCUGCAGUCCCCGAGCAAGGAUUCCAUAGACCGCUACUGUGCCGAGUGUACUGGAGUCCUAGGGGUCAAUGUCAUGAGUGCUGUGCGGAUGGGACCUAAACGUGAAGGUGUCAGCAUGAGUGACUCCAGCCCUUCGGCCGCAAUGAGCUUGCCUUGCAUGCUAUGUGGACGCAAUGAUGACUGCACUGAGAAAUAUGGGGAGAAGAAAACCUACAAAGAACACAACUUGACUUUGCAUUAUUAUUGUCUGCUGCUCUCCAGUGGCAUCUGGCAAAGAGGCAACGAAGAUGAGGGCAUAUAUGGAUUCCUGGUCAGUGACAUUAAGAAAGAAUUCAACAGAGCCAGGAAAUUGAAGUGCUGUGUUUGUAAAGGUCAUGGAGCAUCCAUUGGCUGUGUGUUUCCUCGAUGUAAACGUGGUUAUCAUUUUCCUUGUGGGUCAGAAAAGCAGUGUAUCUUCCAAUUUAUGGACAUCUUCAGUUCUUACUGCUGGGAGCAUCGACCUGUGCAGAAACCUCUCUGUUCACAGAGUAACGAGUCUUCUCUUUGCACAAUAUGCCUGGAGAAUAUUGACCAUGUUCCUUCUUACCACGUAAUACGAGGACCUUGUUGCAAAACCUCCUGGUACCACAGAGACUGCUUACAGUAUCAAGCUCUGAGCGCUGGACUGUUUUUCUUCCGAUGUACAGUAUGCAAUAAUAGAGAAGUGUUCCAGAAAGAAAUGUUACGCUUGGGAAUCCAUAUUCCAGAAAGAGAUGCAUCUUGGGAACUAGAAGAAAAUGCUUUCCAGGAGCUUUUGGUGCGGCAUCAACGUUGUGAUGUUGAAAAGUGCCUUUGCCGGAAUGGUCGGGAUUAUAAUAUUCCAGAUAGUAAGUGGGAAAUUGUACGCUGCCAGAGUUGUGGAUCCAGUGGUACACACAUUGCUUGCUCCUCAGUUGAGCAGGUGAACCAGACAUGGGAGUGUGCAGAAUGUCAAAGCAUCAGCUGCUCUCCAGUAAAACGAUCACGCCCUGCAUCUCUAAAUUGGUCGGAAACCCUUGAUGAUUUAGGGUUUGAUACUGAGCAGCCAUCUCCAAAAUGUAGAAGGAGGUCAAGAACAUCAAGACAAGUUAUUUUAAAGCAGGUUCAAAGACAUAUUUCUGAUAUCUUAAAAGAACUGAAGUCUCCGAUAAAUAAGUCCAUUUUCACUGUAAAAGUGCAAAGCAAGUCUGUCCUGAACAGUUCUCUUAUUUAUUUCCGCAAGAUGCGCUUUUCUCCGUACCACACUCUACAGAUCAAGUUCACGAACAGUAAAGGCAGAGUAGCAGACAUAUCUCUGCCCAAUUAUUUUAAACUGUUACUUGAUGCCAUCCAGAACUCUAACCUGUUUGAAGGGUCUGAGCGUAAAAAUCUUUCAUUAAACGUGAAUGCACUAGAGGAUGACCUGUACUAUGAAGCUGGUAGAAUGGUGGCUAUUUCAUUGGUUCACGGGGGGCCAGCACCAAGCUUUUUUUCACCCACUCUCUUCUAUUGCCUUAUAUACGAUUCUCAUCUUGUACAGCCAAUGGUAGAAGAUGUAACGGACCCCAAUGUCUUGCAGGCAGUAUUGAAGAUCCAGUCUUGUCAGCGGAUCAAUGAGCUGAAGGCGGUCACUGCUCACUAUUUUGACUACCUGCAGAAUACCGGUACUUUGCGACUUGUACAAACUGUUAGCGACAAAAGCAUCCUGGUCAAGAAUAUUUUGGCUUACCAUGUCAUUCGGCGAGUGCAGGGACCGCUCGAAAGGUUCAAAGAAGGCUUGAAGACACUUGGUGUUCUUGAGAACAUCCAGACAUACCCGACUGCCUUCUGGAGUGUUCUAUGCAUGACGCCUGAGAAGCUAACAGCAAAAAUGCUGUCUGACCUCUUCACUAUCACAUAUCAUAGAAGCUUCAGACAAAUCCAGCAAUGUAAUGCCAUCAACCUUUGGGAACAGUAUUUGGAAGAUACAGAAGAUGGUGCUACUGCUGUUUCAUUGGAAAAUAUUUUGAAUUUUACAACAGGGGUAGACUUGAUCCCACCAGCUGGCUUUGAGCCUCGGCCAACCAUCUUGUUCCAUUAUGGCCAUAUAUUUCCCACUGCAAGCAGAAACACUAACAGCAUGGAGCUUCCUGGGAACUGCAGCUAUGAGGAAUUCAGAAACUGCAUGGACAAGGCCAUACGCACUACACUAAAUAAAGGAUAGAAGUGACCUAUGUGUGGAAGAAGCUGUCUUCCAUCUUGCUGCUGUUAGCUCUUAAGCCACUUGUUAUAUAGGUGGGAUUGACACUGUGGCAGAUGACAUCUGAAGUACUUGCCUUCUUGCUACAAUGCUAUGAAAACGUGCAAUUUUCUUUUAUAUUUUCACCAGAUCAUAAAAGUUGUACGGGUUCAGGAGCUCCUCAGGGAAACUGCAUGUCCUCUGUAAAAUUACCUUUAUUUAAAACCAGGCUUCGGACAUUUGGUGGUGUAACUUUGGUACUUUUGUACAUCUUCUGUUAUCUCUUCGGGAAGGUUAAUUUUUUUACUUUAAAUGUUGGGCAAACAUUUUUAUCCUUUUUAUGUACUAAUUCUAGAAAAUGAAAUCAUGGCUGUGUUUUAAGUGGUGAGAUUAAAGGGGUUGCCCAUGAAUUUUGAUAUUGAUGGCCUAUCCUUAGGAUAGGUCAUCAAUAUUUAAUUGGCAGGGGUUCAACUCCCAACACCCUCAACUAUCAGCUGUUCGAGGAGUGAGGUCACUGUACAUCAGACACAUGGUGCAGGUGCAGUUCAGUCCUAUUCAAUGCAAUGAAUAGCUGCAAUGCCAAGUACAAUAUACAGCCCUGUGCUUGGUAAGCUGUGAGGAGGCCGCAUCUCUCACAGGAGCUCAGCGGGAGUGGCAGGAGUCGGACCCCCACCGAUCCUGAGAAUAGGCCAUCAAUAUAAAAUUAUUGGAUAAACCCUUUAGUGGCCCAGACAUAGAAUCUAUUUCUCGCCCCUUCUAAGGGAUUGAGUAAUCAGAUGUUUCCCAGAUCCUUUUAAAUAGAUGUGUAAGGCUACUUUUACACUUGUGGCAGGACGGAUGUGACAGGUUGUUCACCAUGUCGGAUCCGUCCUGCUGCUAUUUCACCGGACUGCCGCUCCGUCCCCAUUGACUUUAAUGGGGGCGGAGCUCUGGCGCAGCACGGCGAAAGCUUCCGGACUAAAAAGUCCUGCAUGUCCGGCGGCUUUCGCUGUGCUGCGGUGGAGCUCC